AGAAGAGGGGUUGGAGUUCACAUGACAUAAUCGGAGUGAAUGGGUUGCCAUGGUAACUCACCCAGGGAGCCUGACCCGUGCAGAGUGAAUGGAGGGAGCGCCUUGGACACCAAGUGAACGAUAAACUAACGGAGGGGAGUCACCAGAGAGAGAGAGAGAGAGAGAGUGGGCGAGAGAGAGAGAGAGAGAGCGACAGAGGAGAGACCGAAGGAGUGGUGGAUAACAGAGGGAGCACAGAGGAGCGGAGCAGAGGUUGAGAAUGGAGGACGGGUUUUCCAGCUACAGCAGCUUGUAUGACACCUCAUCACUGCUACAGUUCUGCAACGAUGACAGUGCGUCAGCAGCCAGCAGUAUGGAGGUGACCGACCGCAUCGCCUCCCUGGAGCAGAGGGUCCAGAUGCAGGAGGACGAGAUUCAGCUGCUGAAGUCGGCCCUGGCCGACGUGGUCCGCAGGCUCAACCUGUCCGAGGAGCAGCAGGCCAUGGGGUCACGCAGAGGACCCACCAAAGCCAGGCCAAUGAUUGCCACCCUGCCGUUACGGCCCACAGUAAACAACGGGACCAUCCUACCAAAGAAAGGCAGCGGCACUCUGCCCUCCCCGUCUGGAUCUGGAUCCAGGAAGGACACCAGCGCACCAGCCAGCAAGAGUCUGUCCAGUUUGUCCUCUCUGUCUCGCUCUACCAGAAUUCUCUAUCUGCCCCUGAGCACUGUGAGGAGAGCCAACUCAAAUGAACAUGUGGGAACUCUUACGCGGAAAGAUUCGGGCGACUCCAAGGGCAACCGAACUCGCGCCGGAUCCACCGGCAGCAAUUCCAGCGGCAAAAGAAGUGACAGCAAACAGAGGGAUCCAGUGUUCAAUGCAGGGAUGCGACGUGUGACCCACUGCAAAGAGGAAGGUUAUGUGAAAAUGUAUUUGAAGGGUCGUCCCAUCACCAUGUUCAUGCCCAAAGACCAGGUGGAGGGCUACUGCCUGGAGGCCCGAGGCGAGCUGCCCAGCAACAAACUCAAACUGGACUGGGUCUACGGUUACCGCGGUCGUGACUGUCGCUCCAACCUUUACUUGCUGCCCACCGGAGAAACGGUGUAUUUCAUCGCCUCGGUGGUCGUCCUGUUCAAUGUGGACGAGCGGCUGCAGAGACACUACACUGGACACACAGACGAUAUCAAAUGCCUGGCCGUCCACCCCGACAAAAUCACCAUAGCAACCGGGCAGGUGGCGGGAACCUCUUCAGAUGGAAAACAGCUGGCUCCUCACGUUCGUGUGUGGGACUCUGUCAGCCUCAACACCCUCCAUGUUCUGGGUACAGGCUUCUUUGACCGAGCCUUGGUGUGUUUGUCUUUCUCCAAGUCGAACGGAGGAAACACACUGUGUGUCGUAGACGACUCCAACGAUCACGUCCUCUCUGUUUGGGACUGGCAAAGAGAGGACAGACUGGCCGAGGUCAAGUGCUCAAACGAGUCGGUGUUCGCUGCGGACUUCCACCCGACAGACAGCAACAUCGUCGUCACCUGCGGCAAGUCACAUCUCUAUUUCUGGAACCUGGAGAAAGGCAUGCUGGUCAAGAAGCAGGGACUGUUUGAGAAACAGGAGAAGCCCAAGUUUGUGUUGUGCGUGACCUUUGCAGAAAAUGGAGACGCUAUAACUGGAGAUUCCAGUGGGAACAUCCUGGUGUGGGGAAAAGGCACUAAUCGUAUCAGCCACGUCAUCCAAGGAGCUCACGAGGGCAGCAUCUUUGCUGUGUGCAUGCUGAGGAACGGCACGUUGGUGUCCGGAGGUAAAGACCGCAGGCUCGUUUCUUGGGACAACGGCUACCAACAGAUACAAUUGGUGGAGGUGCCUGAGUUGUUUGGUCCCAUCAGGACCAUAGCAGAGGGCAGAGGGGAGACUGUGCUCAUCGGGACCACCAAGAACUUUGUUUUGCAAGGCAGCUUGGAUGGAGAAUUCAUGCCUAUUACACAGGGUCAUACUGACGAGUUGUGGGGUCUGGCUGUCCAUCCCUGGAAGCCUCAGUUCCUCACCUGUGGAUAUGACAGGCAGGUCAGCCUGUGGGACUCCAGCACCCAUCAGCUCAUCUGGACCAAAAGCAUGGAGGAUGCUGUCCAAUCAGCAGGCUUCCACCCGACCGGAGCUGUGGUUGCCAUAGGAACCCAAAUUGGCAGGUGGCUGGUGCUGGACACUGACUCUAAGGAUUUAGUCACGGUGCACACAGAUGGGAAUGAACAGCUGUCUGUUAUGCGCUACGGGCCAGAUGGUAACUUCCUGGCCAUCGGUUCCCACGACAACUACAUCUAUAUCUACGCUGUGGCAGAAAAUGGGAGGAAGUACAGCCGAGUGGGGAAGUGUUCGGGUCACUCUAGUUUCAUCACCCAUUUGGACUGGUCAAUGGACUCCCAGUAUCUGGUAUCAAAUUCAGGAGACUAUGAGAUACUGUACUGGAUCCCAUCAGUGUGCAAGCAGGUGGUCAGCGUGGAGACCACCAGGGAUAUCGAGUGGGCCACAUACACCUGCACUCUGGGCUUCCAGGUUUUUGGCUUGUGGCCCGACGGCUCAGAUGGCACCGACAUCAACGCCGUCUGUAGGUCCGGUGACAGGAGCCUCCUGGUUACUGGAGACGACUUUGGGAAGGUCCAUCUCUUCUCAUACCCCUGUUCACAGUUCAGGGCUCCCAGCCAUGUUUACAGCGGCCACAGCAGUCACGUGACCAAUGUAACCUUCCUGUACGACGACAGCUACCUGGUGUCGACUGGAGGGAAGGACAUGAGCGUGAUGCAGUGGAGGAUAGUCUGAGCGGGCAAACCGAAACAGAUACUGUCAAUUAAACUGCUGCUGGGGGUCUGAAACCCAGUUGAACUGAGCUGAACUGAACUGAACUGAACUGAACUGCACUAAACUGAACCGAACCAAACUUAAAUUAACUCAGAUGCUAAAAAGACGUGGAUCUGACUGAACUGAAGUGAGGUGACAGCAGAGGAACUUGCGUCCUGAGGUUUCCUUCCUGAUCUGCUCUCACAUCCCAAAAUGAGAUGAACUGGUAGAGGUGUAAUGUGCGAUUGCUUGAAAUACAAAAAUCAUGAAUAUUU